AUGGCCGGCCAACCAAACAAGCGGCAAAAACGAGAAGAGUACCGCAGUGCGCUCAGCGAGGCUGCUGCUGAAGGCACGCAGCUACCCAAGAAGAAAUUCUACCGGCAGCGGGCGCACGCGAAUCCUUUCUCUGACCAUGCCUUAACAUACCCAGCUCAGCCCGAGCUUAUGGACUGGGCCAGCCUCUACCCAGCUUACGCCGUAGAGCCGUCAGAGGACGAGGCUGCUGCCAUGCAGACCGACCAGCCAGGGCAAGAGGAGAAUCCGCUGACCAAAAGGGGGAUUUCGAAAGAGGUUGAAGUAGCUGACAUCGGCUGCGGUUUCGGCGGUCUGUUGUUCGCAUUGUCACCCAAGCUGCCCGACACGCUUUUGCUUGGUAUGGAGAUCCGUACCUCGGUCACGGAAUUCGUGCAGGAGAAAGCCAAGGCCCUGCGCGCCCAGAAUACAGGCAGCGGUGCGUAUCAAAACGUAGCGUGCCUACGUGCGAACGCGAUGAAGUUCCUCCCCAAUUUCUUCCGGAAAGGUCAACUCUCGAAGAUCUUCCUAUGCUUCCCGGACCCGCACUUCAAGGCGCGCAAGCACAAAGCGCGCAUCGUGUCGACGACGCUAAAUUCCGAGUACGCGUACGCGCUGCGACCGGGCGGCAUUGUGUACACUAUCACGGACGUCGAGGACCUGCACCGCUGGAUGGUCGAGCACUUUGAAAACCACCCGAGCUUUGAAAGGAUCAGUGAUGCCGAGCUGGAGGACGAUGUUUGUGUGGAGGUCAUGAAGACAGAGACGGAGGAAGGGAAAAAGGUCACGAGGAAUCAGGGGCAGAAGUUCGUGGCUUGUUUCCGGAGACCGGAGGAUCCUCCUUGGCCAUGA